AUGACAUCCAAACUUUUGAUGAUUCCAAAAACCAAAUUCAAUCCAAGGUUUCAUCCAACGUCUAGAGAAAUCGAAUUGCUUAGUUAAGUCAUUAAAUUUGAGUAAAACGUUGAUUCCAAAGUAAAAAUCCAUAAAAGAAAUUAGGCAUUUACUUUGCAUGAAAGUCCUUUAAGUGUUCAUGGGAAAUUGCAUUUCGGACAUUUUUAUAAUAAAGUGCACAAGGAUAUACUUAAAAGGUAUAAACUUCUUAGAGGUUACAAAAUAACACCUUCUAUGUCAUUUGAAUUGUUUGGACCAUAAAUUGAACACGCUGCAUUCUAACAAUUAAUUUAAAAAGGAACAACUUAAAUGGAGUAUAAUGAAAUUGCAAUAAGACAGAUAUGUUCAAAAUAUGCGGAAGAACAAUUGAAAUCUUAUUUGGAAUAAAUCUAAAGAUGGGGUAUUUUGGAUUAAGAGAUAAGCCUAACAAUUGAUCCCAGAUACUAAAAGUAAGUAUUAUAUUAAUUGGCUCAUUUCCUCGAUUAAAGUAUAAUACAGAUCUUAUAUUAUAAUAGAUUAGAUUUUUAGGGAAUAGAAAAUUGUAAUAUGGUCUAAAUCUAGAUUUUCAGAAGUGCCUCUUGAUUCCGUUAUUAUUACUUAAAGGGAUGUUCCAGCACAUGCAGUUAAAUUUAAAUUUACAAGAUUAAGUCCAAGUUUUAAGAAAUUGAAAUGCUCUUUUUAUUUGGUAUUAGAAUUGCCCUCUCCUUGGAAAAUUCCUAGUGCAAAGGCUAUAAAAUUAGUGGAACAAGAAUGGUUGGUGAUGAAAGACAAGGAAGCUCUUAUAAUGAGCAAGUAAUUUUUUAAUACUCAUAAAGAAGAAUUUUCAAUGUAUCAAUUUGUAGGAACAAUAGUAACAUCUGAUUUUUUAAAUUUGACUGUUGAUAAUGGCUUAAAUGAAUUUAUUGAUUUAAGAAUGAUUGAAGGUGAAGAAAACAAUAUAAUUUGUCCUGCUCAUUAAAUGGAUGACAUACCAAUCGCAAAAAGAUAUAAGCUUGAUAGAACAGGAAUGGUGAAUGAAAAUGGUCAAUUAGUUUAUGAAGAUGAAGAAUUUGAUAUUCUUAAUAAUGAAGCAUCUUAAUAAAUACUCAAGGAACUUAGAGAACGAAAUAGAAUUCUUGAUGUAGUAAGUUCUGCCUAAGAAGUGUUCUAUCAUCAUAAAGUUACAGGAGAGCAACUUCUUUUAAGAAGUGUUCCAGCAUGGUUUCUGAAUUUUGAUGAGCAACUUAUAAGUGAUUAUAAAGAAAAGUACAAUUUGAAUGAGGAGGAAACAAAAUAAAAUAAUAAAGAUGAAAUAUAUACACCAUACACAGAAUUAAUGGAAGCUUUGUGUGGUUAAUGGUGUAUAACUGAACAUAAUGUGUGGGGCAUUCCAAUUCCAUUAUUCAGAGCCACAGUACCUAAGAAAUUUGAAAAAUUAAAAAAUGGAUUCUUAUUAAAUGCAGAAGUUGUCAAGCAUUUUGCUGACUUAGUCGAAAAAAAUGGUAGCGACAUCUACUGGAAUUGGAACAUUGUUGAUUUAUUACCAGAUACAUAUAAACCUUAUGCUUAACAUUUGGAAAAACACACAUGUGUCUUAAACAGGAACUUUAGUAUACCUCAGUAAUGCGAUUUAAUCUAUGAGGGAAUUGAUUAAAAUGAAGGCUUUCUAUUUAGUAGUUAAAUGAUGAUGAUUUUAUUGCAAAAGAAAUUCAACAGAAAAAUUCAAACUCAUACAGUUUUAUAAUACAACAAAGAUAAAAUAAGCAAGACCAAUUGUUUUACUUUGGAAAAUAUUAUUGACGGACAAAUCAAAGCAAAUGAAUAAAAAUAAUAUGGAGUAAAAUAUUGUAUUAUUUUUAGAGUGGCGCUGAUGUUUUAAGAGCACUUGUCACAUCUAUCAAUGAACAUGAUGAGUUUUCAUAAUUUAUGUUAGACAAAAAGAAGGAAUAAAUAAAUUACAUAAGAAAAAUCUAUUGGUAGAUUAUUGGCUGUUUAGAAAAUGCAUCUGUUACACCUGUUGACUUUAAGGAUUUAGAAUUUGUACUUAUAACCUUAUUAAUAUUUAGUGUGAUUCAUAUAUUUAUCAACAAUUAAUCCUAUUUGUUGCCAACAUCACCAAAGCUUAUGAAGAUUUUAAUUUUGGAUUGGCGUAUUAGUUGUAUAUUGAUUUCAUGCAAAAUUACGUUUCUUUAUAUGUUGCUAGCACCAGAAAUAAAAUUAUAGCAUUUCAUAGCGAAUAUCAAAACAGUUUGUACAUCUACUACAAAAUAUACGAUAUAACAUUAAAUGUUAUUUAACCAAUAUUAUGUUUCAAUGCUAGAGAUAUACACACUAAAUUACCUACUUCAUGGCCAAAGAUUCCAGUGAGUCAUUUUUAGGAAGCAUAAUAGAAUAUUGUGACUUUAAGUUUAUUACACAAAUUACAAAAAGAAAUUAAUACUUAGAUUGAUGAAGUUUAAGAACGUAUAAAACAGAAAAGCAUAUCAAAAAAAUUGGAAAUAGUUUUCAUAAUCGAACCUAACACUUAUGAAUAAAAAUUAAUUGAUAUAGAUCCUGAAUAAUUAGCAUUAUUUUUUUCUUGUGGCAAAACUACUAUCGAGACAGAUUUCUUGAAUAAAAAGAGACCAAAUCAUGUUUGCAUGUCUUCAUUUUUUGUGAAGGAACAAUUUUAUCAUUAGAAGAUUAACUUUCAUGUCAAAUUUUAUGAAGUUACUGACAGUCAAUGUCCGAGAUGUCUUGAACAUAAACCAAUAGUAUCAUAGAUCUGCUAGGAUUGUACAGACUAUAUUUAAAUAGAAGAAGAAAAAUUAAAAUAAAUUAAUUGA